AUGAUUCAGUUGUUGUUUUUAGUGAUUUUUGCGGAGGGGGUUAUGGCUUUUCUUAUGUUGGUAAAGAUAGGUCCAUUGAGGGAUCUUGUGAUGAAGAGCUUGGAUCAGCUCAAGAUGGGGAAGGCUCCAGCUACGGUUAAGACUAUUGCAGGCACAAUGUUUGUGAUUUUGCUUUCAAGCCUUAUGAGUAUUGUUAAGAUCCAGAACAAAGGUGCUAAGCUUGGUACUAUGUCCCCUAUGGAUCAAGUUCUUUGGAGAACUCACUUGCUUGAAGCUUCACUCCUUGGUUUUACAUUAUUCCUCGGAUUCCUGAUUGACCGAAUGCACCAUUAUCUCCAAAAACUUAUUAAUUUAAGGAGUAACAUGGGAGCUUCAAAAGAAAAGGUAGAGAAUCUCAAAAAAGAAACCGUCGAGCUCAAAGAAAAGGAAGAGAGAGCCUCAAAGGAGAUAAAACAGCUGAAGAAAGAACUUUCAACUCUGUCAGAAGGUAUGAAGAAGGUAAAGACGGAAUCCGAAGAGAAAGACAAGAGAGUUGAGACGGCCGAAGCUCACGUUGCUUCCCUCCAAAAACAAGCUGCAGAUUUACUACUUGAAUAUGACAGACUCUUGGAAGACAACCAAAAUCUUCAAGCUCAAGCAAUGGGACAUAAGAGUUGA